UUCCAGCCCCCAGACCGUUUGACACUAGAGCCUGACCGUCUCCUUCACCCAAAACAGAUAUCAGCGUUGACAGGAAAAAAAAGACAAAUGUCACGGAGACUCUCGGUGAAUACUACGUGGUUUAUUUCUGAUGUAAACGCGACAUUAUGACCGGUUGGAGGCCGAGAACUGUCGGCUCUGUGAGACACAUGGGCGACCGUUCAGCUGGUAAUGUAUUUAUCUCACCACCCGUUUGAUUUUCUCGUAUAAACGGAUGUGUGGUUUUCAGCGCACGGACUCUUUCGCGCUGUUGAGUAUGUCAACCGCAUGGCAGCGGGUUAUUUGAUACUUUUCGCCGACGUGAAAUAGCAAAUUGCUCGACCGAAGUUGCAGCAAUGGCUUCGGCGCUGGGUUGCUUCGGCGGUCCCGAGGUGUUGGAGGACGUCAAUCACGCGCGGGGUUUGAUGGACGAGCUGAAGUCACUGUACGACUGCCGGCUGCUCGGAGACGUUACUAUCCGGGUCGAGUGUGACGAGGAGUCGCUGGAGCACAGCGGGGGGUCGGCCGGAGGUGACAUUGACCAACUUUUCCUGUGUAGCCGCAACGUCCUCGCCGCCGCCAGCCCUUACUUCAAGAGCAUGUUCACCGGGGGGUUAAACGAGAGCGUGCAGGAGAGGGUGGUCAUCCGCGGCGUGGACUCAGAGUCCAUGUCCGUCAUCAUCGACUACUGUUACACGGGCAGGGUGACCAUCACGGAGGGCAACGUCCAGCGGCUGUACGCGGCGGCCAACAUGCUCCAGCUGGAGUACAUCAGGAAAGCCUGCUCCGGCUUCAUGACGAGGAGGCUGGACCUCUCGAACUGCGUGGGGAUCCUCAAAUUCGCCGACACGUACGAUAACCCUGGACUGAAGGAGAGCGCGCAAGCCUUCAUAGCCAGGAACUUUGGCCAGGUGUGCAGCGGAGGGGAGCUCUGCGAGCUGGAUCUGACGCAGCUGAAGGAGAUGUUGUCCCUGGACACCUUGGACGUGGACUGUGAGAGGAAGGUGUGCUCUGCCGCCCUGCAGUGGAUAGAGGCGAACGCGCCGCUGAGACGGGAGGACGCGCUGCUGGCACUGAAGUGCGUGCGCUGGAACUUGUUCACGGAGAGGGACAAGUGUUACCUGGAGGGCCUGACGGCCAGGCCUCUGAUUGAGAAAUACCUCGCGUCUUUCUACAACGGCUCGACCGAGGACGGCUGCGGGACGCCCGCGGCUCUGGACGCGCCAAAACACAGGGUGGGCGUGAGCGCGAAAGAGAUGAUCCUCUUCUUCGGCCUACCCAACGACAACAUCAUGUGCUGCGACCCUUAUUCUGAGGACCUGUAUUUCAUGGCUCCUCCGUUAGAGGACCUCAGCAGUCAGGAUUACAAGCGCUCUACCAUGGAGUCCCUGAUCGCCUGUGCUGCACCCGAUAACAACUUGUACCUGGCCUCCCACCUCUCGAAGCACUUCUGGCUGCACAACCCAGUGCUCAACAGCUGGCAGGAGCUGGCGGAGAGGCCGCUGGGGAGGAUACACUCCGGGAUGGGUUACCUCAACGGCCAUGUGUACCUCCUGGGGGGACGGAAUCCCGUGACGGACGCCAGACUGAAGGAGGUGGAGUGCUACAGCGUCCAGAGGGACCAGUGGACGUUUGUGGCCCCUCUGCCUCACUCUUUGGGCAAAAUGCAGGUGGUGGCGCUGAACGACCACCUGUACGUGGUGAACAAACGGAGGAUGCUCUGCUACGACGCCAAGAGGAACCGCUGGCGCCACUGCGGCUCGCUGAGGCGGGACAAGCUGCACAAGGCCUGCGUGUACCAGGACCAGAUCGUGUGCGUGUGCGACAUCCCAGUGGUGAAGGCCUACAGCCCAGCCAGAGGGGAGUGGAAGAGGCUGGGCGACAUACCCAUCGACAGCCGCGCUCUGAAUUACCAGGUGAUCCAGCACAACAGCAAGCUCCUCCUCCUCACUCAGACUCUGCUGCAGCACAACAAGAACAGGGUCCUCAUCCACGAGUACGACCCCGCCCGGGAUGCCUGGAAGAACAUCAUGGCGGUGUACGUGUCCACCCUAGGGCCCGUGUGCGUUUCGACGCGAGUGUACCCGGCGUGCCUGGGCUCCGCGCACAGCUUCUCGACAGAGGAGGACGACGACAGCGGCUCCAGCGCCGACUGGGACUUCGACGGGCUGACGGACGCCGACUCUGACUCCGGCAGCUCCAGCUCUUUCUCGGACGAGAACUGGUAGUUGCUGCGUCAAAGAAAAGUUUAACUUAUUUAGGAUUUGUCGGAUUGAACAGGGUUCCGUCUGCUAGGAGAGGUAACAGAAGCCGGCCUUUUAAAGUAGAAGCACUGAUCCAUCAAAAUCUGGACUUCGCAUGGACGACUUUCUCGUCUCCUGUCCGGCUAAUGAGCAUUCACUGAAGGAGAGAGGGAGGGGAGUUUGUUUCAGAAAUGCUAAGAGACAAGGGUUUUGUUGUUCAUCUUGUAUCAUGUGCUGCCAGCAUGAAGGACAGCUUGAUGCCUGGUGGAGUCUUGUUUACGCAAUAACUCAAGACAAACAAACAACAGAAAACCAAAGCAGUAGAGGUGGUUUUAUUCUGAGAGUUUAUCGUUAAGGUCAUCUUACAUUUCCCAUCAUGCAGUGGUUUCCAAAAUGAGCCUUUGCAGUGUAGAUGCACAAAACCAGAGGAAGAAUUUAUUAAUAAUUAAACUGAAGUUUAAUAUCUUUUCAAAGCAGAGACGAAAGAAAAACGUGCAAACGCAUCAUAACGAUACAAAAUACAAAGACGUCUAUCUUGCUCUUGAGUCGAUAUAGGACAAUAUAAUCUAUUUCUUAAGGGGGAUAAAGUUUGGGAACCGCUGCAAAAAUGCAAAUUGCUUUAUACUUGACGAUGCUCCUCCAGAGCUACACAAUCCAUUGUAGGUAAGUGUUUACACAGGCUGAGUAGUACUGCCAUGACUAGCACAUUGACUUUGACGUGUUUAAUUGGCGCAGGGCCCCUGUGAUGCUCGGGGGGCCUGCGAUGUGCCGUAUAAAGACGCACGUUUGACUGAAAUAUAGAUUUUAUUUUGCGUGAAUAAAUUAUAGUUGGUGCAGAAUCGUGACUGACUUUUUUGGACAUCCGGCAGCUCAAGUGCCUCACGUUUAUGACUUCUAACACAAGUCAUUUACAGGGCUUUAAAAACUUCCUGUCCUCCUUUUUUUUUUUUUUUUUUUUUUUUUUUUUUUUCC